UUCUCUCGUCCCUUCUCGUGUCUCUACGCACUCAAAUCUCUCCUGUUCACUAGGAAAACCUUCCAGCUCUCUCUCUCUCUCCACCUCCCUCUCGCUUCCUCUGUUUUUCUCUCGUGCAUUGUCCCUUGUUGUUUCUCGAGCUUCUUCUUUGCGCAAUGGCCGACAUCGUGGUGCUCUUCGACUUCGACAAGACCAUCAUCGACUGCGACAGCGACAACUGGGUCGUCGACGAGUUGGGCUUCACCGACAUGUUCAACGAGCUCCUUCCCACCAUGCCCUGGAACACUCUCAUGGACAAGAUGAUGGGAGAGCUUCAUGCAAGGGGAAUAACAAUUGAACAGAUUGCAGAUGUUCUCAAAAGAGCUCCAAUCCAUCCCAGAAUCGUCCCUGCCAUCAAAUCAAUUCAUGCUUUGGGGUGCGACUUGCGGGUUGUGAGCGAUGCCAAUCUCUUCUACAUCGAGACAAUCCUGAACCAUCUGGGCAUCCGGGAAUGUUUCUCCGAGAUCAACACGAACCCGGGCUUUGUCGAUGAAGGAGGGAGGCUCCGCAUUUCGCCUUUCCACGACUUCAAGUCCUCUUCUCAUGGAUGCGGUCUCUGCCCUCCAAACAUGUGCAAGGGAGUGGUGAUUGAAAGAAUACAAGCCGCUGUCUCUGCCGAGGGCAAGAAAAAGAGGUUCAUCUAUCUUGGAGAUGGGAAUGGUGACUACUGCCCAAGCCUUAAGCUCUCGGAGGGCGACUUCAUGAUGCCGAGGAAGAACUACCCUGUCUGGGACUUGAUCUGCAGGAAUCCCAUGCUGUUGAAGGCAGAGAUUCACGAGUGGACCGAUGGCGAGGAGCUGGAGCGAGUCCUACUUCAGUUGGUCAACGCAAUAAUCACUGGAGAGGAGAUCAAGUCUGGCCAGUUGAUUUCAUCGGACUGCAAGAUGCAGAACAUUGCUUUGUCUGCUCAUGAGGCCCUCCUCCCAGCUCUCCCUGUUCCUCAUUAGGAACCUCUGCGAUGAUGGGAAAAAAAGCAAUGACAUUUAUGGGAUUUAACUAGUUUUUACAUAGUUUUUGCAGUUUUUUUGGGGCAGCAAAGCAUUGGGAAUAUCUCUGUGGAGCUUUGGAUUUUAUGAUAUUGUCAUGGUCAAAACUGAUCAAGACGAAUACUAAUACACCAGCUUGGUUCUGCUUCUGCUAGAGAUGUGAAGAAUUUGGAAAUUUCUAAUCAAUGUCCUAAUUUUAGUGCGUUGGAGCAACUCUUGUUGGGUAGGUCAAAGGCUGAAGCAUCUUGACAGUGAGACUCUCACACAAGUAUGCAUGUGAAAACAAGUGCAACACUUAAAAUUCUAGUAUCGAAUCACCAAUGUGCAUACUUUUUUAUAGAGUAAUUCCGAUAGAAUGAAUUAUGGCUGUGAUCUUAA